AUGACGUUUGGACCUCCCUUCACUGGGCCCCAGCAUGGCAUUAUGAGUAAUUCUUGCACUGCUAAAGUAUCCAUUUUUGCGUUGUUGUUGUCAUUAGUAGUUCUAUUGACUGUAAUGCCAUCCUGUGGGGAGGCCCGUCAUCUCUUGGCGGUGGAUAUUGGCGUGGAUUGGGUGAAGGCCGCAACACUGGGAGCGAGUGCUGGCCGUAGUUUACCCGUGCGGGCCAACGUGGUUCUCAACGAUCAGGCAAACCGCAAAAGUCCACAAUGCGUGGCGUUUCGUUUUGUGCCCUACAGUGGAAAUGACUCACUGCGGGGAGUCGAGCGGGUGUUUGCGGAACAGGCCUACGCCCUCGAGCCGAGGUUUCCUGAACAAGUUGUUUGUGGAAUGUCAUUACUUGCCGGCCGUCGGGUGCCGUUAAAGAAUACAGACAAGAAAGAUGAUGAUUCCACAGAGGGAGAGAGGGAUGAACUCACUGCAGAAGAUAUAGCGGCCAUGUCUUUUUCAGUGCUGCCACGACCUCCACAUGAUACGGCGAUGAUUCGUGUUGUGAAUAGUAAAAACAACGGCGGGGCAAAUAUGUUGGAAUUCUCUGCGGAAGAAAUUGUUGGAAUGUAUUUAGCAUACAUGAAACAAAUGGCAGAACGCGGUCUAGACGGUGAGCCUGUGCGGCAUCUCACUGUAACUGUACCUUUAUUAGCAUCUCUCGCACAUCGACAGUCCAUUGUAGAUGCAGCCGCAAUAGCUGGUUUACGCACUGUACGUGUUGUACAUGGCACUACAGCAGCGGCUGCACAAUUAUCCUAUCUUAACUUGGGACAAUUGUUUAGCGGACCAGGAAUCUCUACAACUGCAGCAGCAGCAGAAACAUUGUCAAUUAGUGAAAAGAAUGCUAAAUAUGUGAUGAUCUAUGAUAUGGGAAGUCGCAGAACGGAGGUUGCGGUAUAUCGUCUCACUCCAUCGAAAAAGCAUUUAGGAACCAUCACACGUAUAGCUGUGGUGGUGAAUAAUAACCUUGGUGGUCGUACAUUUGAUCACUGCAUCGCUCGCUACGCAGAGGAAAAACUUUUCCCAAAAGCAACACCGAAACCAAUAGACCCGGUGCUAAACAGACAAACUUCUACACCCGCUGCAAGAAGAGCAGCUAUAAGUUUGAUGCGAGGGGCGAAUAAUGUGCGCGAACGUCUCUCCGUUAAUCAAGAAGCUCCACUUGUGGUCCAGGGUGUUGCAGAUGGUGGGGCAGGUGACUUUACUGCAACUAUUUCACGAACGACCUUUGAAAAGGAAUGUAAUGAUCUCUUUGAUGAAGCCGUGCGGAUGCGUGAUCAAGCUAUGGAGCAAGUAAACGAAACACUCACAUCACUUCAGAAUUUAACUCGUUUUGAGGUGAUUGGAGGAGCAACUCGCAUGCCUAAACUAUUACUUCGCUUAAGUGAUGGCUAUGGUAAAAUGGUGGACCGCACUCUUAACGGUGAUGAGGCGGCGGUGGUUGGUGCUCUAUACAUGGGUGCGGAAAAGGCGAAUAUUCCCUUUCGGGGCUUCCGUAUAGUAGAGAAAUUAACCAAUGAUGUGUACUUCUCUGUCUCACCACCGCUUCAUGCAUCGGCAGAAAAAGUAGAAAAGGAAGAUCGUAGUGAACGAUAUCUUCUCUUUGCAAAGGGAAGUGUAACUGUGCCAGCGGUACGCUCACUACACUUUAAGAAUCGUACUUCUGAUUUCACAUUCUCACUGGAAGAUAGCAAUCGGUACUUUGUGCGGGCAGUGACGGUGUAUGAUGUAAAGGAUGCCGUAGAGUUGGCCCAACAAGUCCCAGAGCGCAUGCGUUUAGGUAAAAAAACAAAUUCCACCAAUACUAUUGUAUCUAUUGAUCAUAUGAAUGUUGUCGUGGAGGUGACACUCUCGGAUAGCGGUAUACCAUUUGUGUCUAACGCGUUUCUUCAAGCCACUUAUACGGAGGAGACACCAGUAGAGAUUGAUACGGCUAAUAAAACGGAUAGUAAAGAUAAGGAAGCGACAGAGGUGGAGACUAUCCAAGACAGUGGAGAAGAGACAACACAGGAUGAACCACUGCAGCAGCAUCAAGGGGAAGAAGAAAAAAAAGAAGAAGAAGAAGAGGAAGAAGAACAAGUAGAAAAUGAGGAAGAUACAGGGAAUCCAGUUAAAAAACAUAUGAAAGAAAAAGAUGACAAUACCACUAGUACUACUACUGCAUCAUCACCAGAGGGAGAUGGAUUCUCUGAAGAAAAAAAGAGUAUAACAUAUUUUGAACGUUCUUUUCCAUUACAUUUCAGACCAGCGCUGGUAUCAACUGGUGUUAAUAUGAAUAAUUCCGAAGCAACGGCUGCACGUGAUCGCCUUCGUGCCUUUCAACAAAUUGAUAAUGAGAGAUUACAACGUAGUGCUCUUCGUAAUGAUAUUGAAGGACUUGUUCUCCACUAUAAAUCUCUGGACGCAUGGGACAAACCGACACAAGGUGGUGAAGGUGAAACACAGUGGAAAAGUGUUGUAACAGAUGUUUCAAGUUGGCUUGAUGAUGUUAGCGAUGAUGUUGAGGUCUCCGCAUUGCAGUCGCAGUAUGAUCGACUGAAGAAACUACAAGUUGGGUAA